UCACGAAUCAGACAUCGCCGGCUACACUCCUUACAUACGGAUCUCUGACGAGAGGUCAUGACUCAUCUGAUCGCAAAUGUGUCUGUUCAGUAAGCAGCCAGCAUGAAUCAAACCACCUUGCUACAUAUUUUCGUUCCGAGCGCUUUCUUGAAAUAAGGAUUUCUUGGAGCACUUGGCACAUUUCACCAUGGCACCACAUCCGGUGGUUCAGGCAAUAAUAGACCUCUCUGCUGGAGCUAUAGGGGGCACAGCUUGUGUAUUUAGUGGUCAACCUUUGGACACGGCUAAGGUGAAAAUGCAGACAUUCCCCACUUUGUACAGAGGCUUUGUGCACUGCUUUGUUUCAACAUACAGACAGGUGGGCCUUCGAGGGCUGUAUCAAGGUACCACGCCAGCCCUCAUGGCCAACAUCGCGGAGAACUCUGUGCUCUUCAUGUGCUAUGGCUUUUGCCAGGAGGUGGUGCGCUACAUCACUGGUCAGGAGAAAGGGGCUGUGCUCAGUGACAUGCAGAAAGCGUACGCAGGCUCUGUGGCCUCUAUUUUCUCCUCUCUGGUCUUAUGUCCCACUGAGCUGGUGAAGUGCAGACUGCAGGCUAUGCAUGAGAUGGCCACCUCCGGCAAGAUCAGCAAAAGUCAGAACACAGUUUGGUCGGUGAUAAAGUCCAUUAUGCAUAAUGAGGGUCCUGCAGGGUUCUUCCAAGGUUUAACCCCCACAAUUGCCCGUGAGGUGCCAGGAUAUUUCUGUUUCUUUGGAGCAUACGAGCUCUGUCGCUCUCUCUUUGCAGAGUACAUGCAGUGCGGCAAGGAUGACAUAGGUGUAGCUCCCAUUGUGUUCAGUGGAGGUUUGGGAGGAGCUUGUCUCUGGCUUGUGGUUUACCCAAUGGACUGUGUUAAAUCCAGGAUACAGGUCAUGUCAAUGACAAGCAGGCAGUCUGGCUUCUUUAAGACUUUCAUGCAUAUCUUCAGAACAGAAGGUGUAAGGGCUCUAUAUUCUGGUUUGACUCCCACAAUGAUCCGUACGUUUCCGGCCAACGGUGCUUUGUUUUUAGGUUAUGAAGCCAGCCGCAAAAUCAUGAUGGCACAGUUUGACAGCUGACCCCUCAUUAACAGUAUACGUAUAUUCUCUUGUUGGGUUUUUAGCAAUUUUUAAAUUAACAUUCACCAUGGCCAGUCUACAGUAUUUCAGUCAGCAUGCCAUGGUUUGUGCACAUUCUCUAACACACAUGAUGCUUUGUUGUAUUUAUUUGAUAUCACUUUACAACAAGGUUCUGUUUGAGUUAAUGCAUUAGGUAUCAUGAACUAUCAAUGAAUAAUAGUUCUUCAAGAAUUUUUCAUUUAGGUUAAUGUAUAAACAUAGUAUGGUUUAUUCAAUUCAUUUGUUCAUAAUACAUUCAUGUAAAAAUAUACAACUUGAAAUGUUAAUAUUUUAGUAUAUGUAAAAAUGUACAUUAACAGUACAAUGUUAACAAAUUGAGCUUUACUGUAAAGUGUUACCAUUAUUUUUAUUUAUUUUUUAAUCAUUAUUAGGGUGUUUUUUAUGUAGCUAAACCUUGGUCUAGAAACGUUAACUUUUUGGUGCUCCAUUGUGCUAGUAACGCUAGUCCCAUCAUGCCUACCAUUUGCAUUUAGAACCUUGUAGUCUUGCAGUCUACCUUGCUGUACUUACCUUGCCAUUUUCUUAAAUCUUUAAUUCCUGUAGGAUAUACUGUUGCUAUGCAAUUAACUUUUAAACACUAAUAGACAAAAGGAACAUUUGAGAUUAAACAUGUAUGACUGGACUGCUAACUGUCUAAGUGUAGUUUUAGGAAUACACUUUGUGUUUGUAUUUAUUUUGUUCAGUCAAGAUUUCUAUUCUUUGAAUGUUUUGUAUUUGGUUUUGUAGUAUUUGAGAUGAGGUGAGAAUGGCUUCAAUUUAAAGUGUUUCUUUAACUUGCAUUUAAAUAUGAUGGGGUUCAAAAGCCUGAGACAACCUUGUGGAAAUACUUCUAGCUUGCAUUUUUAAAACAUUUUUUUAUUAAAAAAAUAAAGUAUGUCCCUUUUUUGCUUCA